UGCCAGUUUUCCAGCGUGAUGCCAUGCUUGCUUAUUUUUAAAAUAAGUUCUCGGAGAAACUGCCAAGUGACGCUUAUGAUGAACACUGGCCUAUGUUGAAAUACUACCAAAAAAUGCACAGAUUCGCUAUAUUUUCUAUUGGCUUUUUGCUGUGCACUUUUAUGACGACAGCAUGCGGUCUUUCGCCUCAUCCGCAAUGCACCUAUAACAACUACACGCGCAUACAGGAUUGCUCGGGCGCUCAGUUCUUCGUCCCGGAUAAUCUAAAUCUGGGGAAGAUCAAUCGUCACGCGCACGGUCUGCAUCUAUCAACUCCACAGAUAUUUAACCGCAGCGAAAUCCGCUGGCGUGAUAUCGGCGACCUGAAAGUCAGCAAUUUACCGGCGCUGUACAUGGUAUCCAUCCGCCGAUUCCGUUUGGCUAACGGUGUCCGUUUACCCAUCCGCGAGAUCUUUUAUGACAUCCGGCAUAAAAUCCGCCGGUUACUUAUACAAGACAGCGAAAUCGGCCACCUGGAUGUGCUGUUUCUUCAAGGCUUCACGGCACUGGAAAAGCUGUGGUUAGAUGACAAUGAUAUCACGGUAAUCGCCCGGGAUACCUUUGCGCAGUGCUGCAGGAAACUACAGGUGUUGGAUCUCAGCGAGAAUAGACUGGAGUCUCUCGACUGGUCAACAUUCCAGCCUGUCACUCUGUCUGUUCAGGAAAUCCAUCUGCGCCAGCAGAAAGCAGAUGUGUAUUAUACAUCCCACGGUAGGACCGGGCUGCAGAAGCUGAAACUACUGGAGCCAGUCAAUUUUAGCCUCGAUGCGCUAGCCAUUUUGGACCUGGCGAAAAACGAGCUGGAAACCGUGCCGGGCGAGAUCCUGGCCACACUGAAUGCGACCAGUUUGCGUAUAUUCGACAUCCGUAAUAAUCCGUUUUGUCCAGGAGACGAAGCGUGCUCAUGUUGCAGCAUGAAGCCGUUAGUAGAAUGGAUGCGAGGAGUACGCCAUAGCCGAUCACGGCACGGCUUCCUGGUUGACUUUCAUUGUGGAGUACGCAAGCAGCCAUUGUCGUGGGACAGCGGGAAUCCAACGGGAAAUCUCCCCGGCAUCGCUAGCGAAUGCGGCGCACGUACAGCAGCACCUGCAACGACCCCGAAGUAUCCCUCAACCACAACGAUAGCCGCUUCUACGCACAACGCCGUCGAAGUCUGCGCAAACAUGGAGUCUUUACGGACUUAUUGCACGGCUGGCAAUCAGCUGGUGUUGCCGUUCGACAGAAUUGACAACGUGGAAACCACGAGCGCCGUGUUCGACGGCGACGGCACUCUGGUCUGCCGCACGCUAAUCAACGACCUCCACGCCAUUGCCCUCACCAUGGCGGAGGUGACACCGGUGGCCGACGGUCACAACAGCUCGGACGAUGUCCACGUUACAUGCCACAAAGGCGUGGUAUCCAUUGACAACCAUAACUAUCCCGACCAUAUUCAAGCCCGCCGUAUUACCUUCGUCAGCGAACCCAACUUACUGUGUACCCAGCAUUUUGUAAUGUUCCUGGAGAAGAUGGAAGAGUAUGACGCCCAUUAUUCGCCAGGUCGCAGCGCUGUACGAGAAAAUAUCAGCCAGCCCAUCCCCGCAGAAGAGUUGUGCUCUGCGUCGCCGCCGAUCCAGUUUGUCUGCGCCAACGGACGACUGAUCCGGCCGGCGCUGAUGGAUUUCCGGUUGAGUAACGCCGUCAAAAUGGAGUACGCGGGUGAUAACAGCUUCAAGUGCCGUCAGCACUUGCAAAGCAUGCACACCUGGCUGAUGGAGAACUAUCGACCAGUCCUCAGCCAUCCCAAUACGGACGGUGUUCCCGACACCGUGACCUUUGCAUGUCAGCGUGGACACUUCCAAAUUACCAGCCUGCAGCCGGAGACGUCAGCGGCAGUUAAACUUCACUACUACAGCCCACCGAACUUGGCAUGCCGCAAUGCUUUUGUGCACUUCCUACAGUUUGCUGUCUCGCUGCAAUAACUCUGCAUGCCAAUGAACUACCCACUUGCAUUACCGUCAAACUGUAUGGGUUACGUUUGUAUGUAUCGAGGUUAAAAGACCUACAACGGGAGCGGACGUCAUGUGCAAACUGUGUUUGGUAUGUACCACGGAAAAACAAUAAAAAAGCCAGUAGUAUCAAUACACUCAUUACUGCUACUGCUCGAAAUUUAAAAGGGCGGCGCACAAGCAUUUUGUUUCAAUAGUUUCUGCAGUGAGAUGGCCGCAUAGAUGCGGCCAGUAUCGGUUUGGCACGAGUUGAAGAAAAGUAAAGAUUUGUAAAGGCAUUACUACGUAAGGCAUGAUUACACCAGGAAUAUUCACCGAUUGGUGCGUUGGCUGCGAGACCGCAUCGCAACCUUCACGAUGGCAGGUUCAUUGACUUUGAAUUCAAAAAUUUACAUUUCUUACUGCUAGGUUCUCGUAUUUCUUAUGUUGGUUCAUAGGUAAUUUUCUCGUAUU